UUAGAUUGGGUGUAAGUGAUAUAAACAGUCUUUACUCUUUUGGAAGAUUAAUCUUGGCAAAAAAAAAACUUUAAGUACUAAAAUGUUUGGUAUUGGAAGCAAGCAUUAUGAGAAGUUCUUACCUCAGAGUGAUUGCUGUCGUGCUAAGUCUUUAUUUUACCAGAACAGUGGCAACCGAAUCAAGAAAAUUUGAUAUUCUGUCCGACUCUGGAUGCCGGUGGGAUAGGGACCUUUUGAUGGAUUGUUCUUUUACUGGAAAAUCUGAUAUACCAAUGGCUAUCCCACAAACAGUGACCACACUGGAUUUAAGUUACAAUUCUAUUAGAGCUCUCUCAGUUUCUAACAUGAGAAACGAAGACUGGACCAUAAAACACCUGAACCUUAGCAACAAUAGGAUAUCUGAGCUAACUUUCAGCUCUUUUAUGUGUUUUCCCUCUUUGGAAACAUUAAACCUCAGUGACAAUGGAAUCCACUCCAUCUCAUUGGAUCUACAGAGACGUAACAGCUUAUUGAGGAAAUGCCAAAGAAAUGGUUUCAGAAAUGUCUUUACAUCUCUCAAAGUUUUAUCAAUUCAAAGAAAUCAUCUUAAUGCUACUCCAGGGGGUAAGUGUAAAUGUAAAAAAAAAAAAAAAAGAAUAGAAUGUAAAUACGAUAAAUGUUUUUGCUUGACUUGAGAUGCUUUUGUACAAAUAUGGGUUCCAUAUUAGUUUUCAGUUUUACUUUCAUGGAAUUAGAACUGAAAAGAAAACAGUCUGGUCAGAGCAGGAGUUGUCCUUAUAAGAGGAAUCUCUUAAAUUGAGCAUCAUUUUAAACUUAGCAGUAUAAUUUUAAGGAUUUGCAAGCCAUUGGUCUUCUUUCCUAUAAUAUAAAAUCCAUUCUUGAUAAUAUUGACUUCCCAAGGCACAUUAGGAUGUAUAUAAAUGUGGGAUUGUUUUAUAUGAUCAUCUGUUAAUCCCUGAGUAUGUCAUAUUAUCCCAGUAACAAAAGACUC